ACCUUAAUUCUACUUUACUAUCCAAAACAUUCGAGAGGAUAAUUUUAAAUAAACCAAAAGAAAUCGUAAAAAAUCGUCUCGUUUGGAGGGUUUUUGCCUAAAAUGGCGGAAACACUCCCUUCUGUCGUUGAACAGGAGCUCUUGGGGCUAAGGACACUAUUAUGGGGUGCAGAAAUUAAGCAGGACAUUUUCAAGCGUUGGUCCCAAGGUUUCUACUAUAGUAUAAAUGAAAAAAGUGCUCUUGAACAGGCUGAAGGAGGUCCUUGUGCGAUUAUAGCUCCAGUCCAAGCUUUCAUCAUUAAAAACUUACUUUUAGAGUAUAAGGACUUGAGUUUUCGAGAAAAGGUUACUCCUGAGUUACAAAACAAAAUGCUCAUUCACGCACUUUGCGAAAUACUGGGCCAGUGCAGCACCGAUAAGUUCUGUAUAGUGCAUAAAGAUAACCACACCAGUGACACCAAGCUAGAAGGCGACAAAAAUGAAAAUCUUUCAGAACACGAAAGUAACUCGGAUCCGCAACAGUUUCACGAGGAUCUAGAUGUGAUAUUCUUUUCGUCGCUGAGUGAUGUACACAAGUAUUAUUUUGAUCAUAUUGAUAUGUUAAGAGGAAAGUAUGGUGUGUUAUUGUUUUUAUAUUCUGUGAUAUUAUCUAGGGGCUUGCAGCAAGUAAGGGUUGAAUGUGGUGAUUCCCAGGAUCCUUUUAUAGAUGAAACUUAUGGAUAUGGCAGCCAGUCGUUAAUAAAUCUUAUGAUAACGGGCAGUUGUACUACUUAUGUUUGGGAUCAUUAUCAGGAAGUAGGUGGGCUUAGGUUAAAGGGAAUAGAAAAGCAAAGCCAGGUCGGCUUUAUCACCAUCAUGGAACACCAUAGAUUUUGUACAGUAGGAUCUUUUUAUAAAAACCCUAUACAUCCAGUAUGGGUUGUUGGAUCAGAUACACAUUUAACAGUCCUGUUUAGUGAUGAGAGACGACUGGUGAGUCCAGAAACUAAAAGCGAACAGGCGCGGCGAGUAUUUAAGAGCUUCGAUCCGGACGGAAACAAUUUUAUAAGCACAGAUAAAUUGGGAGAUGUACUUCAAGCCUUGGAUUUAGUUAGUGAAGUUGAAUAUGUAGAUAUAAUGAAGAAGAAGCUAGAUAGCGAAGGUUUAGGUAUAAUAUUGUUAAACGCAUUUAUGGACGAGUUUUUUCCGAAAGAAGAAUCGUCCACACCGGAUAUGUUCACGUUGGUCCAUUAUAACGGAUUGCCCCAGAGUAAUAUAAAUGGACAGGUACAAUACCACAUAGGUUCGGCAAUUUUAUUGGAAUCGGAUAUAAGGUCGGUAUGCGAAUGGAAUCCGAUGUUAACGGUGCUCCAAACGAAAUGGCCCAGUAUAGAAGUCAAUUGGCGCGAUGACAUUACGCCCUCGUUAAAUUAAAAAAAAAAUCAUCGUUUAUUAAUUUAUUGAGUAGCGUUUAGUUUGGAUACACAUCUUAUAACGAAGUUAUUUUCUUAAUAAUAAGUAGACAUAAGAAAAUUUAGUUAACUACGCUUGAAAACGAAAUUUCCACGAACACAUUCUGAUUAAUGGGAUUUGUGUAUAAUUUUAAAUAACACGUUAUGUCUGGUUAUAUUUAUGAAUUAUCAUUAUGUUUUGUUAUAUAAGGAAUUAAAUUACGAUUUUUUUAAAUGCAAGUUUAUUGUUCAAAAGUAUUUUUGAUUUUUUUAAAAGUUACAGUGCAUUUUAAAGCUACAGAAAAAAUUAAUUUAAUAUUUCCUACAGUAUUCUUCCAAGUAAUAUUAAUAUUUUUUUUAAACUAAUAAUAAAUACUUAGAUUCAUACUGAUGCUGGAUAAAAACAUUCUUUGAGUUCCUUUAUUCAUACAAUUUGAUAAGAACAACGAGCAUGUCCAGAAAAUAAGGGGAACCGGCAAAGGCAAAACAUGAAACUUUAAGGAAAAAUACAAAUUUUUGUACAUACAAUAUGCAAAAAUAAAUUUUUAUUCGGAGAAAAAAAUUAUUAUAUGUGGCGUGUUACUGCAAAAUGGCCUAGAUCCAAUUCCACUAAUAACACGAAACUGUCGCAACUAAAUUAAAAGUAGUAUAACCUAAACCAUUAUUGUAAAUGAUUUUUAUCAACCCAUAAUACUAAAACAAGUUGUGAAAAUAAGAGAAACAUCAAUGAGAGGAAUUUUAUUCAGCUAUAAAAUUUGGAUAUUUUGUUUUAUUGCUGCAACCAAAUGGAUAUAGGCUGCUUUGCCACAAUAAUACACUUUUAAGGAAUAAUAAAAAUAUCUUUUUUAUUAUUAACAAGGGCUUACAAAAAAUAAAACGACCCCUUAUCAACAGACUAACACUAAAUAAAAAAUUAUACUAAAAAAUUGAAAAUUAAGAAACUUAUUUUGAAAAGUUUACGCUCGAUCAGAGAGCUGUUCAUUUACAUGUCCUUUACAAAACCCUUUUGGUGGUUUCCAAUGCGUUUUUUGUAGAAAAAGCAUUCUGCCUUUGUGUCCCAGAUUUCUCCAAAGUGCUUCUUCAAAAGAUUCUUAAAAUCUCUAAUCUUGCCUGCUUUCAAUCCCGCCCCCAUUGGUACCUCAUCUGGCAUUGCAAUUAACUUUAUUUUGACCCGGUGUAUUACAAUAAUUUUACCAUUGCUUAAAUCGCUAUUAUAAGAUGUUUCUCCUUGGACCAAACAUUUUGCUCGGUAGAUUUUUUUUUUCUGGUAACUUUCGUAGUUUUUUUUUCAAUGGAAGCAAAUAGGCGGUCUGCGGGUAAGAACAAGUGUCCAGGAAUAAGCAAAAUAAAUUCUAUUACCUUAAUGUUUGGCGGUGCGAGUUUUGCUAAGAGGUAGUUUAACAUUCUUAACAUGAUCGAGAAACGAUUUUGCUCAUCACAUCCAUCAGCUCAUCACCUUUGGGUUCAAUAAGAUAAUAAUUCGAGGAUGGACAAUUGAUGAAACACCGAUGAAGCAAUUUCAUCUGCACCCUUUUUUGAUGCUCCAUCCAAGUAUAGGAAUAUACGUUUUCCGGACUCAAGCAAUUUCUUGAACUUCCUUUUACUAAAAUUAAAAUAUAAAUAUAUAAAUAUAAAAUCUUUCCAGAACCCUAAUCUGUUUGUUGGAAUAAUUUCAGAGAGCUUAUUUAAUAAUGUUUUUCUGCCGCUAAACUGCAAAAUUACCACAAAACUAGUAUUUACCUUUUCAAGAUCAGCAGAUACAAUCAAAUAAGGAGAUUUACUAUCGGAUUUGCUGUCCUGUUAAUACGCUUUCCUUGAAAAUUUUGCUCUUUUUAUAUGGAUGUUCCAAUUUUGACAUACCUGGCAAUCAUCGGGCAAAUUGUUUUUGUUAUGGCCUAUUUGCUUACAAUGCAAUUCAAAAAUCUCACAAGACCAACACUCCUCAUGCCCAAGAUUUUUUUAUUUGGAGUCACUCUUGGAUAUUUUUUGGAUGUAUAAAUUGCAGUUGUUUUAUUAGGAGAUGGAAUUAUGGGUCUUAAAAAUCUAUCGUUGUGUGAAUCAUAUCCUAAUGUAGCCAAGAAAAAAAAAUUGCAUACUCGAUGUUGGUCACCAGUUUCAUUUUUAAGAAUGUAAUGAAAGGUAGCAGACUUUCUUAAUGAGUCAACCACAGCAGAAACAACCACAGUUCUUUUGAUGUUUUCUCGUUUCACCUGAUUUAAUAAGAAGUUUUGUUGAACGACCUUUGAUGAUUCCCAAUCGUGCUGGUUAGUAACAUUUCUACAUUCUUCAGUGAAUUUUGAGCUGCAUGUGAAUAAAUACUUGGCAGAGCAGGAAGGUUUUACUUGAUGUUUUAAGACUUCAAUCAGCAUUUGAACUACUCGAAAUAUCUUGUUCGUUUUCAGGUUUCGAUAUAUCUUGAAAUGAGGAACCUGCUGGAGAAGAAGAUAGAGGUAGAACCUAUACUAGCGAAGAAUUUGGUCGAAUUUUAUAAUGCGAGUAAACUUGAAUUUUUCUUUCAGACUUUGAAGAAUUAUCAUAAUAUUAGUGUGGCUGAUAAUCCGGGUCCAAGUCUUCAUUAGUUUUCUUUUUUUUUUUAAUAUUCCGAGAAGAAAGUUGUUCCUUUAUUUGACAUAGCCAACAUUCUUUUGCCUCUUGACAAAUUAUCUAUAAUGAAACUAUAAAAGGAACAAAAAAACAAAAAUUUUAGAUUUAUAAAAAAUAAUUAGAAAGCAAUUCUUACCUUGAAUUAAAUAUAAACACUAAAAACUAGAUAUAAACAAAUGUCUAGAUGAUUAUCUUUUUAGUUCUUAUGAGUAUUUCGUAUAACACUAAUAUUUAUACUACCAUUAAACUUUUUAAAAGUGCUAAGUCAUUUUGCCGUAUAUGCUUAAAAACAGGCAGAUACGGAAAUUUCUCUAAAAACACCUGGGUUACGGCAAACAUCUUUAACCCUUUCAAGCCCAAAUUAUUUUUUGCAAAAAAAAAAUUUUUUUCUUAUUAUGGGCUAAAAAAAAAAGGUAAAAAUGUUUUUUUUUUGAAAGGGCCAUUUUUUUAGAGAAAAAAAUAAUGAGUCCAUUUGGAAUCAGUGGGCGAAAAAUAAUACAAAUGUAAAUUUUUAAUUGUUUAUUUUAGUUGACUUAAGUCGUAUCGGAAAAGUACUAAAGGUACUAAACAUUAAAAACUAACGAUUAUGAAAUCUAACAAAACAACUUUUGUCCUUUAACAAACAAAGGAGGGCAUUUUGCAUUUCAUACAGGAAAUUCUGGUGUAUGAUUUGAUGCAAUUUCUACAUGCAAUUUCUACAUUUGACUGCAUGCGGUUGAGGGACAUCGAUAAACUUCUUCUCUGAUGAAGACUAUCUUUUGACAUGUAUAGGUACGGUAGCAGGCCUGUAAAUGUAGAAACGAUGUGUACUGCUUUAUUGUCAAACCAUUUGACGGCAAAGAUAUUUUCACUCGUCGGUGCAAAAAUCAAACGAACCACGUCCUUCCUUUUUCAACUCGGCAUCAUUUUUUAAUUGACAUCCAGGUAGCCUUACAAUCCUUACGGUUCCACAUGCAAAUAUUCCCAUCUUCUUAAGUUCACAAUAAUAGUUUAUACGACGUGAACCAAUUAUCUGUAAAAACUUUAUAAUUUAAGUCUUUGUGUAAUGUCUCCACAAGUCUUAUAACAAUGUCACCACUGAUUCCUAGAUUACUCUCUUUUACGGUCCCUUUUCCCCUGUAUAUUUCAGUCAUAAAUAAUACCGCUCGCUCCAGCUCUGGCAAAUAUUUUAAUUCCCCAUUUAUGCGGUUUAUUCCGAAUAAACUGUUUGAGCGAACUUUUCCCCUUGAAUGGCACCAUGAUUUCGUCUAUUGAAUUGUAUUCUUCUUGCUCAAUUUUUGACAUGUUUGAUUUUAUGGCAUCUUUUACAGGUCGUAUUUUAAAAAGUUUAUCAAAUCUAUUUCUUGACAUAAUAUCAGCUAUAGGUGAAUAACGAGUUUCUUGUGCCCGAUACAUUCGAUAGCUAGGCAUCCUAACUAUACCAGACAUAAUAUUUAUUAUUUAUUCCAAGGAAUUGAGAGAUUUCGGUAACCUUAGUAUUGCUACAUAUGCCCGUUUGUUGAGUAGAGUACGAAUUUGUCUGGUCAGUAAUAUGCUAGAUUAAAUUAUCAUCAAGAAAUAACUUGAAAUAUGACAGUGGAGUUGAAUCAUUUUCCUUUGCGUUAGUAAAUAUUACGUUACAUUCAAUUCGUCACGGGAGCAAAAUCUCUCCAUUUUGGGGGAAUUUGUACACUAGGCGUUGGUUUUUGGUUCUGGUUCCAAAACGUUCUGGUAAAUCGUCUUUAGGGUCAAAGUCUUGUUCUAUUUGUGUAUUAGGUUCAUGUUCGUUUUCAUCAGAUAUCAGCUCGCCUGUAUCCACUUCUAAGUUAUAAUUUGAUAACAGGUCUUCUGCAGUAAGUUCUGGAUUGGGAUCAUAUUCAUGCUGUAACCGAAGGAACGUUUCUUUAUCGAAAUCGUCCUCAUCGACGUCAUUUAAAUCUUUUAAAUACGACUCGUCCCCUUCUAGAAACAACAGCAAAUGUUUUUCUUCUUUUUCCGAAAGCCCAACCGGCAUCUGAAACUGAAAAUAUUAUAAAAAUUGCAGCUCAUAACUGCCCACUGAUGCCAAAUAGAAUAAUUAUUUUAGUCACGUUAUGCCCACUGAUGUCAUUUGGAGUCAUAACCUUCUAAGCCCAUAUUCUCAACACUUUUACUAUAAUUUCAAUCAAAACAUAAUUUUGUGUCACUAAUGAUCUAUUCAUGUUAUUUUUAUUAAUAUAACACAUAAAAAUAAAAAACUUACCUUGAUUUUAUUCACUGGAAAACAACAAUAAUACAUACAAUUUUGUAAAUUUUAAAACCUAACCUAAAAAUCGAAAUGUCAAUUGAUAUUUCACGAUCUGUUAUGCGUGUCGCCAUCUGUGAUUUAUAGACUAUAAUAUACUACCUGAGUUUUUAAAUUCUGCUGUGACUUUUAAGGAAUAUAUUUCAACAAUUGGAGUCACUCGGCCGGAAAGGGUUAAAAUUCAAUUUAUAAAUGUAGAUACGGCAAAACAAAACACGUUAAAGCUGUGACAUGCUGAUUAGAUACGGCUUUUUGAGCAACGAAAAUUAGAUUCAUGAUUGAUUUUCUUCCAGAAUAUGCUAAAAACCGUAAAUCGCAAAAUUGUUGGUUACGGCGUUUUCACUAAGCACGGCAGUAUAAUAUGCAGUCUGAUCCUGAACUUUAUAACUAAAUGUUAUACUUUCUGGUAAACAUUUUUUGAAAAAAUGUUUUUUUGAUUUCAUUAAUUCGUCACUCCAAAUUUCCACGGCAAAUUUCGGCGAUGCACAGACUUGUCUCGAGAGUAGUGGCUUUUUUUAAUUUUUCUAUAAACCCUUUAAUAGCGGCCUUUUUGUGCCAUAAAGGGGAUUUGGCCUUGGUCCGCCUCUCUUAUCAACCGGCAUUCUACCAGUAUUUAAAAAUGUUCGAGCUAAGCCUUAAACUCUUUUUGAGAUAUUUGAAGAACAUUAACUAAAGUUUGCUGACAUACACGUAGACAAAACCUCUCCGCACCGGAAACUCUAAUGUAGUAAUUUGUAGUAACCUUCGUAGAUGUACGCUUCUUUUUAGGACGUGACCACCUUUAUUGUUACACCACCUUGUUGGCUUUACAUAUUUUAGGAUAAAUGAAUCCUGUGAGUUUUUCUCGCGCGUUGAGUAAACAUUUUCAUGAAAUUCUUUAAUGUCCCUCAUUGUUAAUCUCUUGCAUUUAUAAGAUUUAUUUAAAUGACCGCAAUGAGCAUAUUCUGUCUGGUAGACCUAAAGGAUCAAAUCUGCAAUAAUAAAACAACCUAUAAUAAUUAAUCAAAAUGCCUAUAAUAUUAUUUUUGACCUUAAAAUAAUAUUGCAAGCAAAUAUUUUAUUAUAAAAUCUAUGUUUCUUUUAGAAUGUAUACAUAAUAAAUCAGAAAAAAAACAUAUUAACAAACCUUUUAGAUUUUGCUAGGUUUCUUUUCCAUUUACUGCGAUCCCCAGGAGUCCUAGCUUUUCCUGGCUCUGAUGAAGUAAUUCUCUCAUUCAUAGUCACUAAACUAAAUAAAUGUUCAACACUUUAUAAUAAUUAUUUUACAGGACCAAAAUAAACAAGCUCUUUGCGUGGCAAAAAGUAAACAAAGACUAAAUGGUUUUAGAGGGAACCGCUAGUUGGCGCGCUAAAUUUCUAGCAAUUUGAUUGGUUCAUUGGAUAUAGACCUAAUUGACGCGAUCAAGUCGAUAAAUAUUGAACAUUUUGCCGCGACACCUGAUAUUUAAUAGUAGUUUAUAUGGGAUAAAGGCACUUUUAGCGUUUUAACAUUUUAUUUAUGUAUCCGUCGGAUCGAAUAGAUAUUAAAUCGAAUUUAUUUUUUUCAAAAAUUGGAUAUAGACCAAUUUGCUCUGACGCGCCUCAUAUGUCUGAGUAUUACGAUUGCUAAAAACUGGACAAACCUGGUAAAAACUUAAUUAAGACUAAACAAAAGCACUAGAACGCAAAAUGGUAUAAUGCAGCAAGCAAAACGGACUUAAGAACGGAGUAAAGAACAAGUGUGCUUACAACUGGCAAACUGAAUACUGAAUCUAACCUUCGAUGGAUUCAGAAUAAGAAUAUUGGCAGUAUAAACAUAGCGCAUCUUCCUUUUUAUCAAACGAUAUAUGAACCUAAUCACCAAAAGCGGCUUUUGUUUAGCUUGAUUUGCAUUUUUAACUUCGGCGGCUUCCAGCACUAUUUGGUAUGGAGAAGAAGUAAUAAUAGUGGUUUUAUCUCCUUUUCGUGUAGCUCUUUUAAUUUGUUUUGCUUUGGGUAUGGACAAAAGUAAUUCAGCUACCACCAAGAAGCCACUUUUAUUUACGAGCCCGGGUGUUGAAACAUGGAUAGUAAUUUGGACAAGUGAGACCUCUGUAUCAAAAUCGUCUUUUUCAUUAUUGGCAUUUGAAAAAAAUGUUUUUUGGAUUGUUAACCAAGUUGUGACUUAAAAAAACACAACUGGGGAUCAAUAUGGCUAACAGCAAACUUAGCAGAUCAGCAACAGUUCCUGCUGAUACAACUGACUUACCUUUAUUAGAAUCUUUAAUCUUAUUUCGAGCUGCUGAUAAUUUACCUCUACUAAUUUGUGCCAGUGGAAUAUCUUCAUUAGAAUCGUCACGCUCAUUUCAAAUUGAAUAUAAUGGUGAUAGUUAUGGAAGAGACUUAAAGACCAUCAGAUAAUUGAUCAAUGCACGUUCGGCCGCUAAAAACUCCGCUUCCGUGAAAACGUUUGGAUUUGAUCCCAAUUGCUCUAAAUGCAUUGUGGGCAUUAGGGAUAGUGGCAUCUUUCUCCAAUGCUCGGCCGACCAACUUUUUAAUUAAAACCGCGUUAUAGAUCCGCCAGGAUUAGAUCAUAACCAUCAUAUUACAGCAUUUGAGUAAUAUGCGCAAAAUGGCGUCAUGACGGCCACAUCAAGUAGCUGCCACUUAUGUGUGCAGACUUUUAAUCUAGUCAUUUCUAUGACCUACGGCGACAGUUGCUCUUUUGCCGCAAUUCUGGUUUCAUUCGUUUUCGUGGAAACACAAACAUGCUCUAAAACAGAAAACAGUUGUAACCAGUUGGCCGCUUUCUGGGUUCUGAGGUUAAUAGGCCGCGACUUGUUUCUUUACUUUUUUGCCUGUAAUUUUUGGCAAACUUUUAAGAAUAGUCGUUAUUAUAUCUGUUUCAUCUACAUUAAAGAUUCUGUGAACAGUCAUUUAUCUAUAAGUUCCAUUAGUAAAGUAAAAAACUUUCUACUACGCUUCCCUGGAGGCAGAAGUGGUAUCUGUUUUCUGUAGACUCAUAUCAGGAUUUCUAACCAAAAAAUUAAUAACUAAUAUCUUCCAACCUUUUUCUUUAGUCACACUUUCAAGGUUCUGAGAUCUUAUAAAUAUGUCGACCCUGCGCUUUAAGGUAGUUUUUGAAAAGUUUUAAACUGUCAGAUACUUUUCUAAGCCCGAUGGCAUUAUAUACAACUUCAACGGCAUUUUUUAUUGAUUCGCUGGACCAACUCUGCCGAUUCGUUUUUUUUUAUAUAGUCGCUGAUUAUCUAAAUGAAAAGCAUAACAUAAGUAAAAAUGCGUGCGGCAAUCGUUAUUUUUUCGUCCCUGAAUAUGAAAAAAAGUUAUGAAAGCUAAAUUUACCUUUAAUUUGUUAAUUUUUUGUCAACUAAUCAUAUUUUGUUGUUAGAAUUUUUUUUCACCGAGGUGGUGAGGAGGGGCAAUUGAGGGUUUUAGCUUGGUACAAAUAUGUAUAAAAAAAAUAAAAAUGACUUACAGGACAGGUUUGCAGUAUUACAGAUAAAAAUAUUUGUUAGUACAACCUAAAUAUUCAGAACAUUUUUAUAAAAACUUACCAUGUGAUAUAGUGAGUCUUUGCAUAAGGGAAUGUUACAUUUUUGACAAAUGGUCUUAGCCUCCUUCUAGAUUAUCCCUCUACUGGAAGGUGUAAAGGCGUGGUUCCGUACAGUUUCCUUUUUUUCGGUAUAGGGACCUUUUUUAGGUAGUGGUAAAUUAGUCUGUUUCGUAUCUUCUGCUACGAGGUCUUCAGCAAGAUUCACCAGAAAUAUCAGAAAAGCAAUGUUCUCUUUUUCACGCUUCAGGUCAUUAAAUAUACAUCAAUCAUUUACGGGACACAUUCUGAGGCACAUGUACCAUAUCUUUUCCACCAUUUUGUAGAUUUUCUCUCGUGAUGAUAUAUACAAAUCAUUUGGUCCGCUCGAUCAACACCUCCCAUUUUUUGCCUAUAAAACGACAUGGCUUCGGAGAAAUCAAUCUUUUGUUGCUCUCCGAUUUUCGAUUUCUUUUUUAUGGUGGUAAUGUCGGGUUUGUGACAAUUACUCAUUAGUAGAACCUCUUUGGUAUCUUGCUAUUUGACACAUAACAGCCCACUAUUUGUGAUCCUGAAUCUCCAUGUUUACCCUCCAUUUUAGGAACGUUGUUUAUACAUGUACCAAAAGCUCUAUGGCUUCCAAUAAAUUGACACUAGUGAAGAAUCGGUCGAAGCAGAGAACUACAUCCCCAGAUUUGAUAGUUAAUGCAAGUGAUUUCACAACUUUUCUUUCAAGAGUUAAAGCUUUAUCUUGAUUAUAUAUUUAUAUAUUCAUGUACUGCAGCAGAUCUUUCAGGAGGUAAGAUUUUUGCAGGAAUAAGUGAAGCAGCUGGCAAUACCCAGUCUAUAAACCGAUUUACAUUCAAUGUCAUUCAAUGGAGGGACAAAUGCUUAUGGUGAUGGAGUACGACAAUCUGAGGACUGUGAUGAAUCACUUUGUUCGUAUUCAUUAAAGUCAUAGUUAUCGCUGGAUCCAAAACCAAAUGGUUCUUCCUCUGACUUCAAAAUAGACAGCUCAUCAACAAGUGUUUGUAAUUCCCUCUCGGAUAAACCUCGGCCGCGGCGUUUCUUGUUCGCAAUCAGCUCACUGACCUAAACAUAGGUUGAAGACGCAGCCUUGUUUUACCUUAUAGCAUAAGGUUGCUACCCAAAAAUCCGGCAUGGAACAAAUUGUGCUUAGAUAAAACGUUAAACCGAGCUUCCAGGUUCAUUCCGAAAGUUACUGCUGUGUGUAUGUGUAUCGCUCGGGAUGAAAGGAUUAAGCAAUCAAAAUAAGCAA